CACAAAUCAGCAUUUAUCGAUAAAUUUAAGUCGGGAAAAGAAAUGAAGUUAGCUUAAUAAUAAGUUAAAGAUAACCUUGGUUGAAUAUUUUUCUAUCUAUAAUCACGAUUUGCCUCACAACAUUCUCAUCCAUCAAAUGAAGUGGCCAGUGGAGGGGAAACUGAUCCGAUCAGAAAGUAUGGAGCAUUGGAAGGAUAAGGUCGCUAUAGUAACCGGAGCCAGCGCCGGGAUCGGGAAGGCUGUGGCGGCCAGGCUGGCUGAAGAGGGGAUGCGAGUGGUCGCUGUGGCAAGGAGGAAGGAGAGGCUACAGACAAUCUGCCCUGGAACAGUGGAAACUGAAAUAUUCGAUGCUGGAGGUUGGGGAAAUGUAUAUACAGGUGGUGACAAUCCUCUUCUCGAACCAGUAGCUGUCGCUGAUGCUGCUGUAACACUUCUUAGCACUCCACAUUCUACCCAUAUAGCUGAUUUGAUUAUACGACCAUUGGGCGAAAGAGUAAUGGCUUAAUGUGAAUCUAACUGUUUCAACACUGAUUAUUCUGGAAAUAAAUAUUAUAUUUUAUCAGUAUUUAUUUUUAUAUUAUUCAUUUACAACUGUUAUAGUAUGAAACAUACCAAGGGUCUAAUAUCUAAUAAUUAGAGUAACAGCAUAUGAAUAACCAACAUGAAUAUUGAUUGAAAUAGGAAAAGUCAAAGAUUUAAGAAUCAAAUAAAAUAAAAUU